CACGGCAGCGGCCCCGCCCUCGGGGGCAAGGCGGGCGGCUCGCGUGGCCGCUCGGACUCGGCGCGCUGCCUCCGACCGGCCCCGUCGCGCGCCGGACCGCCGCCGGAGGCACACAGACUUCCAGGGAGCAACAUGACAGACGGCUUUGACUGUGCCAGCUGCAAGGAGUCUCUUUACGGGCGCAAGUACAUCCAGGGUGAUGGAGGUCCUUUCUGCAUCCCCUGCUAUGAGUCCCACUUCGCCAAUACCUGUGCUGAGUGCAAGGAGCUCAUUGGACAUGACUGCCGGGAGCUCUACUACGAGGACCGGCACUACCAUGAGGGCUGCUUCCGCUGCUUCCGCUGCGACCGCUCCCUGGCAGACGAGCCCUUCACCUGCCAGGGGCAGGAGCUGCUCUGCAAUGGCUGCUACUGCCGGGAGUUCUCCUCCCAGUGUGUGGCCUGCCAGCAGGUGGUCAUGCCAGGCUCUCGGAAGCUGGAGUACAACGGGCAGACCUGGCACGAGCACUGUUUCAUCUGUGGCAGCUGCCAGCAGCCCAUCGGAGCGCGCUCCUUCAUCCCAGAGCAGAACGAGUAUUACUGCGUCCCCUGCUACGAGAGCAAAUUUGCCCCCCGCUGCACCCGCUGCAAGAAGUCGCUGACCAAGGGAGGAGUGACUUACCGGGAUGAGCCGUGGCACAAGGAGUGCUUCGUUUGCACGGGCUGCGAGGCUCCCCUGGCCGGGCAGCAGUUCACAUCUCAAGAAGAUCAGCCGUACUGCGUCAAGUGCUUUGGCAGCCUUUACGCCAAAAAGUGCAGCGCCUGCGCAAAGCCCAUCACGGGUUUUGGGGGAGGCAAGUACGUCUCCUUUGAGGAUCGCCACUGGCACCACAACUGCUUCAGCUGCUCCCGCUGCACUACCUCCCUUGUGGGGAAGGGCUUCAUCCCUGACAACGAUGAGAUCCUGUGCCGUGAAUGUGCCGGCAGCCUCUGAAAGGACGCCCCCUGUGGUUGUCCUCCAGAUUGUGUGUGUGCCAAAGCUCUCUCCUGGAGCAGCCGCAGGGCAGGGAUGGUUCUCCCCUCCCCGGCACUGCUGACUGACGCCAGCCUCCUCUUUCCUGCCAGUCAAAAGUCUUGGCUGGGCAUGUGUUCUUGGCUUUCUCGCCCGGCCCCUUUCCAAUUGGUGAGCUCAGGCCGUUUCCCUUUUUCACUGGCAGUAUGGCGGAGAAGCCCACCUCCACCAACCAUGAUCUGCCUCAAGGGCCGCCAUCUUCAGGGCCCGGAAGACAGCAGGUGACUGUCUCCCAGACGUGGCCGAAGCCCUCCGCUCCCCACCAAAGUGCAUUUGCUCUUCCCACUGAUCUACCCUGGUUGUCUGAAUGCCAGCAGUAGCAAGCCCACUGCCAUGUUUCUUUCUGGCCAUCCCCCUUCCCAUUUUUGCACUGGGGGGGGAGGGGAGGGACAAGCCACAGAAGCCUAACCUCCCCACAAGGCCUGGAGCACCAUCUCUUUCUGUCCCCACCAAGUCCUGGAAUGGCAGCAAGCCCUUUGGAGGGCAUCCUUCCCUUGCUUCGGUCCCCAGGAGUCCCUGAGUGGCUCGGCACAGGCUGCCAGAGGAAGCUCCAGCUUUCUCUCUCACGCCCCCGGGCUUCAAUUGUGAAUCCCCUGAUGCCCUCUCCCCCUGCCCCUGGGCUGAGGAACCUGAGGCCUGAGCUCUGCACCUGCAGCUUUCUGCCCUUGGACCAUCCCCACCAGGAAGGAAGGGGCUCUGUUGCUUUCUGCAGACAUUCUCUAUGGCCUGAAUUUCCCUCCUGCCUCUCUCUGGCAAAACGCUAUGCAUGUUCCUUUAAAUGAGCCAUGUAGCCUUUCCUCAGAUGCUUUGCUGUCGGGGAGCCAGAGACCACGCUGGGUGCCUGCCUGGUGGUGUGGAGGCUCACAUCUGGUCCAUGGAUCUCUCCCCCCCCUUUUCUGACUUUCUCUAAUAAAUUGUGUUAAUGGCUUA